UUAAAAAAACUUUUCUUUGGUACUUUUGUAUUAUACACAUAUGCAGUGAUGAUAUCUGGGUAAUAAGAUUAUACAGUAUACGGCGAAUUCAGGCACAUAACCAGUAACUAGUGUUCACUAGGGCCCGUUGUAACGACCUCACUCCGCUGCGAGGACUCCUCUGUAUGUUUGAAUGGUCUGUGAUGCUUUUAGGUCGUAGAGAGUCCUCUUUACAGAUAGAUUUUAUUUAGUGUGAAGGGUUUGUUUUGUACAUGGAGAACAAAACGCUGUACAGUGGUUAUUGUCGUCAUGGUCACAGUGCUUGUCUCUGUUGUACCGGGUGUAUAUGAGGCCUGAGGUUCAGAUUCAUGAUGUUCUUGGAGAUGAAAAACUUUGGUCUUGAAGAAAAAGUGAUUUAAAAUUACAUGCUGAGAUUAAUUGAUAGAAUUUAAUUUAGGAUCAUUCCUUGUGUGAAUGCAGUACACACAGACAAAAACAGAAGUAGUGUACAGUACCUGAUGAAGCUCCGCCCAUCAGCUGACUCACCUGAGACAAACCAGGAAACAGGUUGUGCCUCACUGACACAGAGACACACACACACACACACACACACACACACACACACUGAGAGACGGACGAUAGGAUUAAACUUCAGACCAAAACAACCACUUCCACUGAGAGAGGUCAGCUACAGGAGGUAAUACUGGGAAUACUGGAAUAUGACCACUUCAACCAGCUGCUGACUGCACACACUGAACCAGAGUUUUACAAGAAAACAAAGACUCAAGGUGAAAGUAACUUUGAGGGAACGGGGAGUGGCUGAGCUGUCUGUGCCUGCUGUGUGUCAGCUUCACUCAGAGACUAAAUGGCUUCAAGAUUAGAGGAAGAUUUCUGCUGUUCUGUCUGUCAGGACAUCUUUAAAGACCCUGUCAUCCUGUCAUGUAGCCACAGCUUCUGUAAAGACUGUCUGCAGAGCUGGUGGAGAGAGAGACCAACACGGGAGUGUCCAGUUUGUAAGAGAAGACAUUCAAAGGAAAUACUACCUCCUAACUUUGCUUUAAAGAACCUGUGUGAGAGUUUCUUACAGGAGAGAGAUCAGAGAGCUUCAGAGGCUCUCUGCAGUCUGCACUCUGAGAAACUCAAACUCUUCUGUCUGGACCAUCAGCAGCCGGUGUAUGUCAUCUGCAGAGAUUCAGAUAAACACACCAACCACAGAUUCAAACCCAUCGAUGAAGCUGCACGACAACACAGGAAGAAACUUGAGGAAACUCUAGAGUCUUUAAAGAAGAAGUUAAAGGAUUUUGAACAGGUUAAAGUGAAGUGUGAUCAAACAGCAGAACACAUUCAGGUCCAGGCCCGACGCACAGAGAGGCAGAUUAAGGAGCAGUUUAAGAAGCUUCACCAGUUUCUAGAGGAGGAAGAGGAGGCCAGGGUGACUGCACUGAGGGAGGAAGAGGAGCAGAAGAGUCAGAUGAUGAAGGAGAAGAUGGAGGCUCUGAGCAGAGAGAUAGCAGCUCUUUCAGACACAGUCAGAGCCACAGAGGACGAGCUGAGAGCUGAAGACGUCUCAUUCCUGCUCAACUACAAGGCUGCAGUGGACAGAGUCCAGCAGCGCCCCCUGCUGGAUGAUCCACAGCUGCCCUCAGGAGCUCUGAUAGAUGAGACCAAACACCUGGGCAACCUGACCUUCAACAUCUGGAACAAGAUGAAGGACGUGGUCUCCUACACUCCUGUGAUUCUGGACCCAAACACUGCUGGUACAAGACUCAUCCUGUCUGAAGAUCUGACCAGUGUGAGACAAGGAGAGAAACAGCAGCUUCCUGAUAAUCCAGAGAGGUUUGAUGGUCACUACUGGUCUGUCCUGGGCUCUGAGGGCUUUAACUCAGGGACUCACAGCUGGGAUGUCGAAGUUGGAGACAGUACAUACUGGUCACUGGGUGUGUCAGCAGAGUCUGCCCAGAGGAAGGGACCCAUACAGUCUGGAUUAUGGAGAAUAUGGUUCUCUGUAGGUGAAUACUCAGCGUUCUUCCCAUCAGACCCACCCACUGAUCUUCAAGUGCAGAAGAAGCUAAAGAGGAUCAGAGUGAUUUUGGACCAGGAGAGAGGAAAGCUGUCGUUCUCUGAUCCUGAUAGGAACACACGCAUACACACCUUCACACACCCUUUCACUGAGAGGAUGUUUCCAUACUUCAACAUUAUGGAUAAACUGAAGAUUUUACCAGUGAAGGUCUCUGUGACUGUAGAACAAAAGAAAUAGAGGAUGAUGAUGAACAUUAAUCAAUUUGCAUGUAUUUCAAGAUGUACUGGGUUUUUUUUAAUCUCAUGCUCGUGUAUCAUGUGAGUAUGUUGCUCUUAUGAUGUUAGUUGUCAUGGUGAUGUGGAUGACAUGUUGGUAGAGAAUAACAACAAAUAAGAAACAACCAUCCGUGAUUAGAAGAGAAACCUUUGUUCUUUGGGGCCACAUACGAUUAGAUUAUUGAUCACACCUGUAAAGUUAAUGUGUAUUUGAACACUAGCUAAACUUGAUCCUAAUUGAUCUGAAGUGUUAAAGAGACUUCAUUGUACAUUAUCUGUCUGUUGUAUUCCAUCCUGUGUUUCUGUGUGGCUGCACUCAGCAGCUAGAAGUUUUUGUGACUGUUGCUUUGCACAUCAGGUCUCAGUCACACAGUCGAGGAAACCUGCUGUUUGUUAUCUCCUGUUGAUGUGGUCCAAUCAGACGCGUGAGACGACUCCUCUGUAUGUCUGAAUGGUCUCCGAAGCUUUUAGGUUGUAGAAAGUUCUGUCUACAAAUAGAUGUUAUUAAGUCAUUAAAUCCACACUGAUGCGUAGCCAUGGCAACAUCAAGAGAGGACAAUAAAAUGUGUUUAUUUUUUUUAGUUGUAUAUUGUCCACUGGACUCGCUGUAGUUUUUACUCCUCAUUGGUUCCAGCGCACUGGUUGACAUAACUUGACAACUGCCUGACAACAGAGUUAGUCCCACCUGACGUAAUGAUUGGCUUAUCGUAGUCCUCUCAUGAAGCUCAUUGGUUAUUUGUAGAUUUAACCAAGAAACCAGACUGUGUAUUUAAAAGGAAACUCCCUGUUGUGUUCCACAGGUGCACUGCCUUUUAAUAUGGUGGGGUGUAAUUCAUUUCCAUUCAAAGGGGCUCAACUGGUAUGGGAAACAUACGUUUACAUUGCUAAAGCUAGUGUAAAAAAUGUCCGGGCAGCAAGUUAAGAUCUACCAGAAUUUGGUUUAAAUACAUGUCACUGCUGAUUGGGUAACACCUCACCAAACGAGGGAAAACCUACCUCAAAGCUUGUUACACACUGUUUCAAGGAAACAUUCAAUCUGGAAACUGUUGCAAAACUGUGCACACUAUUUUCAGAUUGAACACCCCCCCACUGUUUGAUGUCACGAUGCCGGACGAAUCAGUCAACUUGUAGGUGUACGAACAAAAUUAAUCAUAUAGACAUGUAGUAUUCUGCUUCCUCGUGUGUAUUAGACCUCAUUGUACCUGAAGUAAACCUUGGUGUCCUUGGAGAGUUUUCAUUUGUGUGUGAGAAGCUUGCUUUGUAGCUGUUCUCAUGACAGUUAUCUGUUAACUGGAGUCCUUCCAUUUGCCUCCCUUUUCCUGUGCACGUCUAAGUUUUAAUUAUAUUAUGUGACGGAACCUGUGAUUCUUUGUCAGACCUGCAGAGGACACUCCCGGUGUCAGAGCUCUGACCUCUCAGCUGAAAUAGAUUGACUCUGUUAUAACCCUUAUUAUUCUGUUUUAUCACUUUAUUAAAUAAC